AUGCGGGCAGACGCAAACGCAUUGCUGCUGCAGUCGGUAGCGCAGACCGUUGAUGCACUGAGCUUUACACAGAGCCACGUUAUCGAUGAAGACUUCCGCGCCCACAGCCGUGCUACUAUUGACUCUGUGAGAUCGCUGCAGCGGGAACAACGCGGGCGCAUUGAUAACGCCUACGGUCCGCGGCCCCUUUCAUGUAAUGCACUCGCCGCACAACUUGCAGCAACGUACCGUGGCGAGGCAGCAGCACUAGAGAUGGCAAAGGAGAACCGCAAUAGCAACAAUGUCAAUAAUAAUAACAACAACAAUAAUGUCGAUCCCACGGUCGUUGUUACGGGACACAUGACACAUAGUCAGUGCCAAGCAUUCAAGAAGGAAAUGAAGCAACGCAUACAUGAGUGGGAACGCGCCUUCCGGGAUGAGCACGGCGUUGCCGUUACUGCACAUGAUAAGGCCGCAUUGCGGCAUGUAUAUGAACUAUAUAAGGCAGCAAAGAAUCGUCUACGGGAUACGGAGUCUCCACGCAACGGCAGCUCAGAGCAACCCGUUACAGAUCGCGACGCAUCACAAGAGCAACAAUAUCACCCACAACAACAACAACAACAAGGAAGAAGAGGAGGAGGAGAACAACAACAGCAACAACAACCACAACAACCUCUACAUGGAAUGUACAAUGGAAGUACAGGGGAUCGCAGGGGAGAGGCGACAUCAGGGGGGUUGCAAUUGAAUUCCUUCUCUGCUAACCAGCACGAGACUGGGGGAAGUGCAGGAUUUACAGCACCUGCGACAGUGACAUCAUCUGCUAAUGGAGUCCGACCUUCAUCAACUUCUUCAUCGCAAACUCGAGGUGCCCCAGUGAGUCAGAUGUCGAAUGAGGACCUCGCGACAGAAAAACGAUACCUGAAACGUAUUUUGCAUCAUUUUGAAAGUGAAUUUGAACAGCAGAAUGGCCAUGCACCCACUAAAAAUGACAGACGCGCAUUUACUCGAGAGUACACGCGCUAUGGGGAACUUAAGAAUGAAAUUCAACGUCGAUCGGAAAAUAUGAAUGUGAGAGGGAGUAACGGUAAUGUUGGGACUAGUACUGCUGCUGUGGAGAAUGGAGAGCAGCCCACCGGUGAUGUUGCCGCCACUGCUACUACAACUUCUAUUAGCGCCACUACUACGCCUGGUAUGACUACUACUACUACUACUACUACUUCGACAAAUGGUAUUGGUCUGUAG